UCUCUAUCAAAGUUUCUCUUUAUAUAUUCAUUCAAAUUCUUCAGCUUUUCUUCACAAACUUGUGACAAACAUACAAAAGAAAAAUGCCUGAGAAAGAGAAGUCUCGUGUUGGUUUGAAUGACCCACGAUUGGUGGUGAGAAAGUUUUUGGCUAGGCCACAACAUGAAGGACUUGGAGCAAUAGUAAGAAGAAGCAUAGGCCGAUUUGAGUUGAGAUACUUUGAUCCUUUCCUUGUUUUGGAUGAAUUUUCAGUUACAGCACCUGCUGGAUUUCCUGAUCAUCCACACAGAGGAUUUGAGACAGUCACCUACAUGCUACAGGGAACAGUCAUACAUGAAGACUUUGAUGGGCAUAAGGGGACCAUUGGACCUGGUGAUCUACAAUGGAUGACUGCAGGAAGAGGUAUCGUUCACUCAGAGAUGCCUGCAUCACAGGGAACCCAAAAGGGUCUACAGCUUUGGAUUAACCUGUCCUCCAAAAAUAAAAUGAUUGAACCAAGGUAUCAGGAAAUGUCAAGUAAGGACAUUGCAGAAGCAACAAAUGAUGGAAUCAAAGUCAGAGUAAUAGCUGGUGAGGCCCUAGGAACAAAGUCUCCAAUCUACACCAGGACCCCAACAAUGUUCCUGGACUUCACUCUAGAGUCCGGAGCACGCCUACAACAACCGGUACCGGAAUCAUGGAAUGCCUUUGUUUAUGUCUUGGAAGGAGAGGGUGUCUUCGGCCGGUCGAAAUCGACGCCAGUGACUGCUCACUAUCUGCUUCUUCUAGGAUCAGGGGAUGGCUUAGAGGCGUGGAACAAGUCCUCCAAAUUGCUUAGGUUCAUUCUAGUUGGAGGUGAACCAUUGCGUGAACCUUUGGUACAAUUUGGACCAUUUGUGAUGAACACUCAAGAAGAGAUUGAUCAAACAAUAGAUGAUUUUGAGAACUACAGAAACGGAUUUGAGAAAGCAAGGCACUGGAGAUCUGAAUCUGGUCUUGGCCUGGAUUUCUGAUUCUUGUUUUGUCUAAGAAUUCAUUGGUUAAUUUUGGAAAAUAGUAUG